AUGGCCUCCGGAUCAAUAUUUACGUUCGACACCGACCCUCAGCGGGUUUCCUCUCCAUGGCUGGCUCCUGAAGAGCCAGGGAGAAAACCAAAAUCUCAACCAAACUUGGAAGAGGGAGGACUGCAAGCUGGCCACUUGUCUGACUACGGGGUCACCAAACUGGAAGCUGAGCCUCAGGAGGGACCAACUGAAUACAAGCUCCACUUACUACUUCGGCCACGGCGAACGUACACGUCCAUGAGCACCAUUGGCAAAUCGCCCUCUCAGCACCCCAAGACGUCUGCCAUUCCGACCCGCCCGUCUAGGAUCGUCCCAGUGGCCUUAUCAUCAUCUAGCCAGAGUCGCCAAGUACGCCUCCAGCAACUGACGACGCAGCUACUCUGGAGAUUGCAGCAAUCUUGCGCCUACCACGCCCUGAACCCGAAGGACUUAAUCGUCCCGAAGCUGCCUGAUGACACGACUGACUUAAGCCAUGCCAUGACGCCGCAAAAACCUCUUCCAGGCCUCGAGGAAUCUCGUGGUGCUCUAUAUGAGAUCGGCGUUGCUGAUGAUGGGACCUUGGUUGGAUUGACCAAGGAUGAAAUGGAUGAGAGCAUUAUCACUCUCACGGUCAUGGCUGCUACGCUAGGGUGUCGAGUUGAAAUUCUUCGUCACGUCAUAGUGGGAGAAUGCGAGUGGCUUGAGACACCUGAGUUGGUUGACAAUGCCGCAUCGCAGCCGGUACAGAUAAGUCGGCAAGCAAGACUUUGGGUAGUUGAGGCGCUCGUUACUCCUGACUUUUCAACGAAGCAUUCUUCGACAGAGGGCUCUGGAAAUGGCCAUCGGGAAUCCAAACCAAGCCCCAGGGCCAGCGAACCUGUCGUGCUACCCAGCAGGGGCCGUUCUACAACCGACCAGCUUAGGAUAACACUCACAGGCCCUACAACAUCGGGCAAAUCCACUCUCUUGGGUACGCUUUCUACCGGCACCCUCGAUAACGGUCGGGGAAAGAGUCGGAUCAGCCUGUUCAAGCACCGUCAUGAGGUCGCCUCUGGACUGACCAGCUCAGUAGCCCAGGAGCUCAUUGGGUACAAGGACCACGCCAUCUUCAACUUUUCUCAGGAUCAUGUGGAAUCAUGGAUCGACAUCCAUGACAUUGCUGAAAGUGGACGUCUUGUAUUUGUCUCUGAUUCUGCUGGCCACCCUCGUUAUCGUCGUACAAUCCUUCGCGGGCUAUUCGGCUGGGCUCCUCAAUGGACAGUCCUUUGUCUGGCUGCUGACGACGCCGAAGCCAGCUCAACCAAAGAAGGUGCUAGUUCCACAGCCAAUGAAGUACUUGGAGUUGCUGGUGCCGGUGUCGACCUUGCUAAAUCUCAUCUGGAAUUAUGCUUGAAGCUGAAAAACCCCCUGGUCAUUGUUAUCACAAAGCUUGAUUUGGCAACAAAGGCAAGCCUACAGCGAACGCUUGGACAAGUUCUAACGCACAUCAAGGAAGCAGGCCGGGUCCCCAAGAUUCUACAGCCUGCUCCCGGUGGUGCUCAGGAAUGGGCUAAUAUCCCUUCUGCUGAUCUCGAUAAGGCCAGAGCUCUCACGACAGAGAUGAUACAGGGCGGUGACUUGCUGAAAUGCAUACCUAUUGUCCUUACAAGCGCCGUCAGUGGUGCCGGCAUAGGGUUGACGCACGCUCUCCUGGAGAACCUGCCACUCCCCCCGGCGCCCACUGCGCAUGAUUUCGUAGGAAUGGCUUUGAACCCUGAGCAACCUUCGUGUCUCUUCCACAUCGACGAUACGUUCAGUCUACCUGCAUCUUACGCCUCACUGGCUGAGAACCCCAACCAGAAUGACAUGGGAACGGUGGUGUCUGGCUAUCUGAGAUUCGGGCAGCUCUCUGUUGGCGAUAGCAUUGUCGUUGGGCCCUUUCCUUCGGGCGAUGACGAUUUCAAAGGCAUGACGCCAGAGGACCGGCCUUCUCCCGGAAACUAUGGGUUGUCAAUAUCACAUCCAUCCUCAUCGGAGCUCGCAAAGAUUGCAAUACGGAAUACGGUUGCAGCCUCAACUAUCAAAGGAGAAUGGCACCAGGCCAAGAUUGUCAGCAUACGCAAUUUAAGACUCCCAGUCAAUACUCUGGAGGCAGGCCAAGUUGGCACCAUUGGAAUCAUUCUAGAGGUACCUUUCGAGAGCUCGGCGGAGGGUGAAUUUGAGCGGCUGUCGACGACGCCUCGUAUCAGGAAAGGCAUGGUCCUAGCGAUUCCAUCCAAACACAUGGUCGAUACAGGCAUGUCCCUUCAAGCCGCCAGUGGACUGACAGCGUCGUUCCGAGAUUCCAACACGGCAUCUCUCACGUAUGGGUCUCUGGUUAACGUUUACGUUGGAAGUGUCCGUGCAGCAGCCAGAGUCAUGGGUGUUUCGAGGAUAUCGCAACAGUAUGAUUCCCGAAACCCGACUGCCGAUGAUGCUGAGGACAUUUUCAACAUGAACGAACAUGAUGAGAUAGUGACUGAUGUCAAACCGGAGUUCACAGGAGGUGUCCAAGUCACUUUGGAAUUGCUCACGAGUCGAGAGUGGAUUGAGUUAGGCUCGCAAAUUCUCGUGCUCGAAGGAGGCCGCAACGACAAAUCAGGUUUGGAGGGCUUUGUUGGCACUGUUGUAGAAAUCGUUGAUUAG